AUGUAUCUGUACCAUUUUUCCUACACCUAUGUCGUCAAACCAUCAAGUGCCCAGUAUGUGCUUUCAAGGCAAAGAACGGCAAGUCUACAUGAAGUGUGUGCUGAAGUUAUGACAUCUGAGGAAGUCCAGCAACAUCUGGAGAUGCACCGCUACAACCGUCUAGCCCUCACUCCAACCACCGCCAAACCUAGCAGCCAUGUUUCCCUUGACCCAGCUCCAUCAAGUCCUUCCACAGUGGAAACCUCCUCAACCUCCUCCUCUCCCCCAUCCUUGCUACCGCUGUCCACCCCUCCACCCAAGUCUCCUGCAUCAUCCGAGAGCCAAUCCCUACCAGACACGCAGAAUCCCAUGUCUCCCAAGGCUCCCUCUCCACCGAGUUUUUCCCCUCCCCCUGAAACCAAUGCGGCGCUCAUGCAUCGUUUCCUCGAGGCCUGUGGAAAUACACCUGCUCCUGCAGCACCAGCAUCUCCCUCCAAUCCAGCAACUCCAUCCCCUGCUAUUCCUCCACUCAUGGCAAACAUCAUAACUACGCCAUCCUCGGACGUCCCUCAGACUCGACAAUCUUCUCCACCAAAUAAUACACCUCCUGUGAUCCCUCCCCUGAUAUCCACUGCCACUACUAACCAAUCCAAUGCUGUUCUUCCCACCCGCCAACCACCACCACCUGCUCCUACCCGCCCCAGAGCCGCUGAUUUCUUCGACCUCCCACCACCUACUUUGGAAGAUCUAAGUGAUCCUGGGACAUCAUCUACCUCCCCACCACGCCCUACAUCAUCUAACCCAGACCCGGAAGAUCCCAUCUUCGAAGACCCUACCACAGCCUCCUUCCCCACAGCCCAAACCACUACAUCUCUUCAUGACUUCAGACAAUGUUACAACCUCGAAUUCAACGAAGAGAUGGACUUCCUUGACUUUGAACAGUUAACCCGCCAAUUCACCACCGAAGUAGUUGAACUUGCCAAAAAUCUUUCUUCCCAGCAACGACCUCGUCCUACCAAACGCCGACCAGACCGGCCCAGUGCUCGCCCUCCCAUUGAUUGUCGCCGCCCUCUUCCCGGAGAUCCAACUGCCGCCAAACGACUACAACACCUCUACCGGAUCUCCAAAAAACGCGCUGCCCAUCAAGUCUUUGGAGACGAGAGCCCAGGUUUCGAUGGCACCAUUGAUGACGCCACCUCUUUCUUCACGGAAUCCUUUGGCCCCCGAGACUGUGAUACCACCAAACUCUUAGAAGAAUUGGCUGCCUUUGUUCCCUCAGCUUCUAUGGAUAAUGACUU